AUGGAGCAUUAUGCACGUUCACAGAAUAUAUGGGAGUUCCUUGAAUCAUUCCAAUCUCAGGUUCACAAUUACAAUGGCCUCUCACUAGAAGAAUGCUCUGGAGGAUAUAAACUUGUCCGUUUAAGUGCUGCGUCUGGAAUUUUGACACGAGGUUCACAAAUUGUGAGCUCUCAAACUGUUGUUAUGGCACUUAAAGCUCAUGGAGUUGACCACCCUUCAAGCUCUUUUGGUUCGGCUAGGAGAUGGAAAUAUCAUGUCUUCUUGAGUUUUCGAGGAGAAGACACUCGUAGAAGCUUUACAAAUCACUUGCAUUGUGCUUUACAACGCAAUGGAAUUAUAGCUGUCAAGGAUGACGAAGAACUUGAGAGGGGACAAGUUAUUACACCAAGUUUGCUCCGAGCAAUUGAAGAAUCUCUUUCCGCAAUUGUUGUUCUCUCUCCAAAUUAUGCUUCUUCAACUUGGUGCCUGGAUGAGUUCUCAAAGAUUCUCCAUUCUAAGAAAGAGUCAGGUCUUUAUGUAUUUCCAAUAUUUUAUGGUGUGGAUCCAUCUUAUGUUGAACAUCAGAGGGGAAGUUUUGCAGAAGCAUUUAAAAAGCAUGAAGAAAUAUUUACACGAGAUAAAAUGAAGGUGCAAAAUUGGAGGGAUGAUUUAAAAGAAGUUGCUAACUUAUCUGGCUGA